GGGCCGCUCUUGCACUGUUGCGUGGGGCGGGGUAGCUGGUGGGCCCGGCCCAGCACGGUUGGGGAGGGGGUAACUGGCUCCGCUGUUGCCCUUUUAAAUGUGUGAGAGGGUGCUGGAGGCUGGUACAAAGGGAGCUGCCGCCGCUCCUGCUUCCUCCACCGGCUCAGGCUGCUCCCCGCCAUCUUCCGCCCAGCAGGCGCGGCCGGGUCAGGCCGGGCCGGAGCCGAGCUGCGCGGGGCGCGUGAGGCGAGGUGGCGCAGGCCCGGGCCCGGAGAUGAGGCCAGGAUGUCGGUGUCAGGGCUCAAGGCCGAGCUGAAGCUCCUCGAGUCCAUCUUCGACAAGGACCACGAGCGCUUCCGCAUCGUCUCCUGGAAGCUGGACGAGCUGCACUGCCAGUUCGUGCUGCUGCCGCCGCCGCCGGGGAGCAGCCCGCCGCCGCCGCCGCCGCCGCUCACCAUCCACUGCAACAUCACGGAGUCUUAUCCCUCUUCAUCACCAAUAUGGUUUGUGGAAUCAGAUGACCCAAACCUGACUUCAGUGUUGGAGCGAUUAGAAGAUAUUAAGAAGAGCAAUACUCUGCUUCUUCAACAACUGAAGCGAUUGAUAUGUGACCUCUGCAGAUUAUACAACCUUCCUCAACAUCCAGAUGUUGAGAUGUUAGAUCAGCCAUUACCAACAGGACAGAAUGGAACGACUGAAGAAGUAACAUCAGAGGAGGAGGAGGAAGAAGAUAUGGGUGAAGACAUUGAAGACCUAGAUCACUAUGACAUGAAGGAGGAAGAGCCUGUUGAUGGAAAGAAAUCUGAGGAUGAAGGCAUUGAAAAAGAGAACCUUGCAAUUUUAGAAAAAAUCAGAAAGAAUCAAAGACAAGACCACCUAAAUGGUGCAGUGUCUGGGUCAGUCCAGGCUUCAGAUCGGCUUAUGAAAGAGCUCAGGGAUAUAUACAGAUCACAGAGUUAUAAAACAGGGAUUUAUUCAGUGGAACUUGUAAAUGACAGCCUGUAUGAGUGGCACGUUAAACUUCUAAAAGUUGAUCCUGACAGCCCGUUACAUAGUGAUCUUCAGGUCUUAAAAGAAAAAGAAGGCGUAGAAUACAUUUUGCUCAACUUCUCAUUUAAGGAUAAUUUUCCUUUUGAUCCACCCUUUGUGCGAGUGGUAUCUCCUGUGCUCACAGGAGGGUAUGUCCUGGGUGGGGGUGCAUUAUGCAUGGAACUUCUUACUAAACAGGGCUGGAGUAGUGCCUAUUCAAUAGAAUCGGUCAUCAUGCAGAUCAAUGCCACUUUAGUCAAAGGAAAAGCUAGAGUACAGUUUGGAGCCAAUAAGAACCAAUAUAAUCUAGCAAGAGCACAGCAGUCCUAUAAGUCUCUAGUACAGAUACAUGAGAAAAAUGGCUGGUACACUCCUCCAAAAGAAGAUGGUUAAUAUUGUGGACUGCUGUACACCUGGACCAAUGUCAGACAGCUCUUUUUUUAUUUCUUUCCAACACACACACACACAGAUUCAAGCUACGAGUGC